GUGGAAAGUUCCUCCCACUGGCUUAGUGGAAACCACUGUGACGAUGAGCUGGGCCUCGGCAGUUGGUCGCCGACGGAAGCGCUGCAAGAAGGCCAGCUGCACUCCCAGCUCUGACCAUGUAAAGAUGCUUGCCUUAUACGUCGUUACGAAAUUUCGUUCUCGGUAACAUCAUCCCUUCGCGUGGGGUUCGUGUCUGACUUCACCGGUGGUUGGCGUGGGGUGCGCGUGAAUAUUUAAGCCGAGUUAGACCGUACUGCCUGCAUUUUAGGCCACCGUGCCAGUACCUUGCUCCAGGAAUACCAAUUUGUACAUUGUGCCCCAUCAAUCAAGUAGCGCCAGCAAUGACCAAAAUGCUGCAGUCAUGCGCAAUGGCCUUGAUGCUGGUCCUUGCGGUGUCGCACGCGGUGGAUGCGCACGCGCCACGCCGUAUGGCACAGUCGCAGGCUGCCAUUACGUCAACCUGGGGCUCGUUCGGUGGCAACAACAGGAACUGGAGGACUGCGACGAUCCCGGGCAAAUUCCGCACGACGCCGCAGAUCGCCUUCCAGGUCGACACCCAGGGCUCCGACGUGUCUGCAACCCCCACCGUCAUCAACAACUUCGUCUACUUUGGCGACUGGUCCGGUUUCCUGUACAAGGUGGAUGCCCAAACCGGCGCCGUGUCAUGGAAGAAGAACGUCACGGAGCUGGUGUGGCCCGGCGGCGUCGGCGCCACCAACCUGCUGGUGACCCGCACUGCCGCCACGGAUGCCGGCAACGGUAACAUCAUCAUCGGCACUCAGACUCUCAUCCUGCCUGGAAACUUUGCUGGUACCCAGGGCUAUGUGGUGUCCAUCAGGGCCAAAGAUGCCUCUACAAACUGGAAGAGCCUUCCCGACCCUCACCCGUUCGCCAUCGUCACGGCCUCCCCUACCGUCUACAAGGGCGCCAUCUACGUUGGAAUCUCUAGUCUGGAGGAGCUUGUGGACGCCUUUGGGGCCCCGUGCUGCACCUUCCGCGGCUCCGUCGUGCGUCUUGAUCUGCUCACCGGUGCCACGCAGUGGCAGUUCUUCACCGCUCCUGAGAACGGCGGCGUGCCCGGCUGGUCGGGCAACGCGGUGUGGGGCAGUGCGCCUGCUAUUGACGAGGCCCGCGGUCGGGUCUAUGUGGCCACCGGCAACCAGUACGUCGCCCCCGAGGAGGUUCUUGAGUGCCUCGAGGACCCGGCCAAUGACACUCCCGCCAAGAAGGGUGCCUGCGUGGACGUCCCCGGCAACUGGUUUAACAGUGUUCUGUCACUUGACAUUGAGACCGGGGAGCUGGUGUGGGGCAACCGUGUGUCCUUCUUCGACGUCUGGACCGCCGCCUGCCUGCCCCUGCUGCCCACGGUGACGGACUGCCCCUUCGCCGAGAGCCCCGACUACGACUUCGGCCAGGCGCCCCUGUACUUCCCCAGCGUCCAGUGCGGCUCGCAGAGGAAGGACAUUCUGGUCGUUGGCCAAAAGUCGGGCUGGGGCUACGGCUUUGAUGCCGCGACCGGCGCCACCCUGUGGCAGACCAACUCCGGUGUCGGCAGCGCCAGCGGCGGCAUGCAGUGGGGCACGGCCACUGAUGGCGUCCGCACCGUUUACUUCCAGAACUCCAACUUCGGCUUUGAGGACGUCACCCUGACCAACCCCGCGCCCGGCAGCCCCGCUGUUGCACCUGGCGGUUUCGCUACCGCUGUGGACGUGUGCACUGGCGAGAUCAAGUGGCAGGCCGCCAUCCCCAUCACGCCCGCCCGCCAGAGCGCCGCGUUGGGCCCGCCUGUUUAUGUUCGCGAGCAAGGCGCUAACGGCAACGCCUAUGUGGUGUACCCCACCCUGUCUAAUGACGGAGAGCUGGCUGCGUUCGACGCCCAGACUGGCGAGCACUACACCACCCUGAUCGCCGGACCUGGCGGCUCGGUCAGCGGUCCCUCCGUUGUGAACGGCAUUCUGUACGCGGGUGUGGGAUACCGCCGCUUUGAUUACGGUGCACGGGCCGAGAGCCAUGGUGUCACCGCUUUCCGGCUGACGGCCAAGGACAACAAGCAGGGGUAAUGGCAGCAAGCAUGCAUGUAGGCAGGUUGUUGCUUGGCAUGUUGCCCAGCGUAUGCAUUACGUGGUAUGCGUUUGGCUAGAUUAUUGUUAGCACGCAGAACCGUGCAUGCGUGCAUGUGAGGCAACUUGCUUGAAAUAGCUCAUGUGUGCGUGUGCCCUCAUCGUGUGUGCAUGCAUUGCUUGCGGCUGGGGCUGGGAUGUGCGCGCUGGUUGAGUGUGCGUGCUUGCAUGUACCGGAUCCCUCAGCUUUGCGCGUCCAUGCAUGGACAUGCACACCGUCUGCGUCGACCCCGAGUACUUUCCCAUGAAUUUUGUGUACCAUAUGUAUAUAUAUAUGUGUGUGUGCGUGCCAAUCCAUCGCUAACCAUGGCAUGACCAACAUAGGUGAUGCCUAGCUGCCUGCAAUGCAAUCGGGGGGGGGGGGGCACCUUUCGAUUUCGUUGCCGUGCCAAGUAGACGCACACGCGGACCGCGGCAGACGUUGUGGAUGGCAUUACUAAUAAUGCCCAAGUAAUGGGGUCCCGCGCUGCAUGCGCAUGCAAGUCCAUGCAUUCAGAUUUCAGACACGCGCAUGAGCGACGUGCGUGGAAUGAUUGCCGCAUGAGCUGCUUUCGUACGGGCAGGGACUCAUCCCUGUCCUGCAGCAAAGACCUUGAAAAGCGCGAACCUCAUGGUGCUUCCAUUCUUGACACGUCCAAGCCUCUCACAGCGUCGGAGUGUCAAAGCAUAGAGGGGCUGGUGGAUGGCUUUGGCGAAGGCCAGCCCAUCCUAGGUUGCAAAUGUUUGCAUGACUGCUGCAUGCGCUUACGCGAGCCUGCUGCGGCCACAUGAAGGGUACUUGUAUGACACCCGACGUCGUACAACGUCCCACCAAGCAAUAUACAUCUGUCGCUUGAAGGCAUAAGCGCUGCAGUCAGUUGUUUGCCUUGCACUGGACACAGGCGAGCCGCCGCGUGUGCAUGCCUGUGCACAUACGCGUGAGGGGCGGAAGGAUUGAAGGGUCCAGGAAAAGCGCAAUCGUCCGCAUGGUGAUGCGAACCGUUUGAACUCUUGCAAUGCUUGCGUGGCGACCUGCGCGCUACUUCCUGGCACCUCAGCAUCCGGGCAUACUGGUAGGCCUCACUGGAGGACACGUAUGGUUGACGUAGCCAGGCUCUA